AUGUUAUUACUCUUCCAUAAACGCUUUGUCGUAUUCUCCUUUAAGGUGAAUAUGUCACUUCUGGAUGAAACCUCUUCAGAUCUUCCAGUGAAGGACACAGAUUGUAGACCGGCAGUUAUAACAGCUAUACAAGAUGUAAUAAAGAGAUCCCAUUCUCAGAGGUAUCUGAAUCAAAAGUCUCACAGAAUAAAAGAGAAAGACCUGAAGACUAGAUACAGAGUGUCUUUAAUAUCCCGCAAUGAGCUAGAGGACAAUUACUUGCGCCUCCAUGAAGAGAAUCUUCUACUCAAGGACUACGUCAGAAAGCAAGAGGACAAAAUUAAGAGAAUGGCUACUAAAUUGCUACAUUUAACUUUGGAUCGUGGGCAGCAAGGUGAAAAGAGAACCCUGGGGACUAGAAAGGAUGGGAGAGACCUGGAGGCUGAGGAAGCCAUGGAGGAUUUACAAGACCGGGUCAGGGACUUGGAACGCAGAAAUGAAGCCUUAAGGCACCGAAUGUCUACAUACAAACAACGGCUGCAGCUGCUGGACGGUUGCAGACAUUGCCCCUACAGUGCAAUAAUAGCACGAACAGACUCUGGUGUAAAAAAAUCAGCACUGCCAGAUAAAUACAAGAAAGGACUACGCGUGCAAGGGCCUGAGACUGGAACCCAACGAGUGGCAGGUGAUUGUACUGACGCCAGAGCAGAGAUUGAUAGGCUGUUGCAGAUGUUUGGAAGGCAAAGCAGCACUGUGGAUGACCGAUCUGUGACCUUGUUAAAGGACCUGGUUACUGUGAAGCCAAAAGAUCUAGGGACAGAGAUGCUUUCCUUACAGCACAUGCAGCAAAUUGAGGAUCAGCGGGCUACUAUCCAGGAAAAUGUGAUGACUAUCCGUUUGCAAAAAGAACUGAGGGAGAAGAACACAAGUCUCUGCGCUCUCAGGGAACAAUUCCAGCAACUCAAAGAGUCCUAUGAGACAGAGCUGCAAGAGAAGCACAAGUCUCUGACACUGAGUCACAAAGCUGUGUUGGCCCAAUUGGAGGAUCUCAGCUCACAACUGAAAGAAGAAAGGGACAAAGUGGUGGAAAUGGCGGUUGAUCAGCAGAACACUGCUAACCUUCAGAGGUCUCUUCUUGAGUGUCAGGAGCGGGUUUGUGACCUGGAGAAGGAGAAAGAACUUAUCAAAGAAAACUAUGAAAACCUUCUUAAAAGCUCUCUGGACUCUGAGCGUGUGAACUCCUGGAAAGCAACAGAAGCCGAGUUGAAGGCCCAGAUUACAAGGCUGGAGGGACAAAAUCAUUGCCAUGUGUUCGAUAUUACGCAAAACAAGGAGCAACUUCAGCAUGAGAGAGAACAAAAUAUUCACCUAAAACUAGAGAUCUCCCAGCUGCAGUAUCAACUGCUUGAAAAGAUGCAAGAAAUCCACAACCUUCAGGACAGAGUUUCAACCAUUUUAUCUUCAGCGGCCAGUAAGAAAGUUCCUUGUGAGCAGGAAAUGACAUCAGUUCAGGUUUGCAGUAUGGAAGACUUUCGAAGAAUGAGAGGAACUAGUUGUGGUGAGAAUGGUCUGUUGGAUGAAGGAAGAGUGAGGAACAAAGAAAAAGAGGGAGACAAUACUAUGCAGAGACAAACUGAGCCAGAAUCUGAUAUGGGGUGCGCAGAUCUCCAGAGAGAGAAAGAAGAGGAGGAGAGGAGAGAGAUGGAGCGGGAAAGACAAAGGAAGAUGAGGGAAAUGGAUGCUGCUCAUGCUGAGACCAUUCUGGAAUUAGAGAAAAUUCGGGAGAUGUUAUUCUUGCAGCAUAAAAUCAACAAGGAUUACCAGGAUGAGCUGAAGGCUGUGAAACUUAAGGCAGAGUGUGAAAGCCGAGAAAGAGAAGAAAAGGAGCGUGACAUUGAGGCCAGACUACUUCAGCGCAACUCCAGGAUCCAGAUAUUGGAAGCUCAGCUGAAGGACAUUGCAUAUGGCACAUAUCCUGUCAGACUUAGUACUGAAGACUCCCCCUGUUCUGAAGUCGGUGUCUCUGCACCUUCCCUACAUCGUGGGGAAACUCUAUUUGAGGUCAAUAUUGGCAGUAUCUGUUUUACCCCUUAUGGCGUAAGCAUAAUUGAAGAUCCUCAACCAAUCACCUUCUGUAUCUACUCAUUGUAUGACUUUGAGACUCAUGCCACUCCCGUUGUAACUGGCAUCAGCCCUCAAUACAACUUCACUUCUUGUUAUGCGGUAACACCAGAUCCUGAAUUCCUGCGUUACCUAAGGGUUGGGACUCUAACAGUGGAGCUUUAUCAAGUCAUAGGUGGGGGGCACUGUGAACUGGCACGUGGCCGGCUGAAACUGGACUCAGUACUGCAAACUACAGACAGAGUACACAGCUCUAUCACUCUAAAUGAUGCCUCUGGAGAAAACAUAGGAGAAUUGGACUUCUGGCUGCGAAUGCAUGGACCCCUGUCUCGUUCCCAGUGUCUCCAAAGACAAAGAAGCAAAGCACAUAGCUACCUAUAUACUGGCAGACCUGGUGCUGCAGCAAAGUCGAGGACAUCAGUGGUACAUAGUGGCCUUCAGAAUGACUUGACUAUCCGGAUCUGGGGUUGUAGAAGUCUAAAAGUGAGCAGUCUGGGGCACCAACCCAGUCCAUAUAUUGUUUAUCGCUUCUACCAUCACCCAGACCACUCCACCACUAUCAUACCCUGUAGUAACAACCCUCAGUUUGGGGACGAAACUGUAUACACUUUACAGUUGACCACUGACCUGGAAAGAUAUCUUCAGAGGGAGCAUCUGAAUGUUUAUGUCUUUGAUGAUGAAGAGACACAGCCAGGAGAUUACUUGGGAAAAGCUGAAGUGCCACUGCUGAGCCUGACACAGGGAAACCGCAUUCAUGGUGAUUUUGCACUUAUGAAUGCCAACGGUAAAUGCACUGGAUCAGUGCAGAUGAGCCUGGAGUGGAAAUUUCCUUACCAUUGCCUUUGGGAGUCCACUAUCAAUGAUCACAUAACUCCUGGGAAAGAUGCUCCAAAGAUUCAUUUAAGCAGAUCCAGACAAACCAAAUCUCGUAAGGCAGAAGAAGACCUGCACAGGGAUGUGGCCUGUAGCAAAAGAGGAAGAAGAGAUCCUCACGUCACAGAUUAUCCACGUGUAAAGGAUAGAGAGAGAAGAGAGGCCUCAUUACCAGCUGGCCACCUGAGUGAUGAAAUGAAUGUGGAGGAUAUUGCAGUAGAACAGGAAUGGCAGGAAGGAACACGUAUACAAGAAGUAAAUGUAUCAGACCAGGAAACAAGCUCGUCCCACUCUGACAAACAGGACAGGCAAACCUCACCAGAGGCAACUGGUGAUAAAUCAAAUGACUUGGGUAAAUUACAGACCGAAGACAGUGAUGAAGAAGAUAUUAUAGUAGCAGAACCCCUAGUACCAUAUAAAUUGCCAUCAACCAGAAUCCGGGUGGAAGUUGCCUCGCUGACCUUAGAUCCAUACUCAGAGGUGGUCGGUGACAAAUCAGUGGAGAGAGUAUUUGUGGAAUUUGAAUUUCCUGGUGUCCCCCCUGAAGAAACAGAGACCCCUUUGUCACUUCGCAAACCUAGGCAUGGCGAGGAGAUAUACUACCACUUCAGCAAAGUAAUACAUCUUGAUAGCGAGGAGCAUGCAGGUCGCAGACAUUUCCUCUACACGCUCCUAGAGGGAUCAGACACCGCAGGAGAAAGAGUCAGAUUAAAGUUCACAGUGGUGAGUGAUCCAAUGAAUGAAGAUGAUGAGUGUCGUGAUGUGGGAUAUGCUUAUCUGGACCUGCGCUACCUCCUACGGAGAGCUGUAGACCCAGCAGAGGAAACACUACACAUUUUGGAGGCAUCUAAUCCACGAAAGAUAAUUGGUGCUCUACGUGUGGCGAUAGAGGCCAGAGAAGCAGCUCGGGCUGUACAGAGAGAGGGAAGAAUGAAGACCAGAGGCCCAUCAUCACAUGCCUUAUUACAAACAGAUUAGGCCAACCUAUCAGAAACCUGGUAGAGAAACUGUAAAAUCAGAUACAUUAAAUGUUUUAAUAUAUUUUGUAAAACAGAGCUUCAGUACCUCAAAUCUCAGACAUUCAUUGUGGGGCAUUCUUGUAGAUAUAUAAUACAUUCUAUUGCUAACUAUCUAUUUUGGAGUACAAGAACAAUGGCUCACUGACACUAUUACUUUUGGCCGUUAGUGUUCUCUGCUACCACUGCCAUAGAAAAGAAAGAAAGAAAGAAACAGAAGAAAAGGAGAAAAAAGCUCAUGACAUAAUUGCCCCAAAUAUUUAAGAUGGUUUGGGAGCGCUUCAGCAAAUUGCUGCCAAUG